AUGUCUUCCGAAAGAUAUUUGCUCAAACAAGAAAAUGCUAAGCUAGUAGCCAAGAAUGCUGAGCUUAAGCACGAAAACUCAAAACUAAAACAGAUUAUAAAAGAUAAUGCCGAAUUUAAGGCCAAAAUCAUGAAACUGGAACAAACUCAGACGAGUUUUGAGAUGGUUUUGACGAGUUUAAAACUGAUGGGUAGUGCCGAGUGUACGUGGCCAUGGAAACACUGUGCUGAGACGUGUUUUCAGACAGGGAAGGGGGCCGAGUGUCUAGCCGAGGAGGGACGAAUUCCCAAGAAAUACAAUAAAUAUAGGUCAUUAAGACUCGAGUCUCAAUUGGUUGACAUGGAAUUAGCCGUUGAUAAGGCAAGUGCUCAGAAAGGGUUCCAAAUGUAUUCUAAGAUGGAUUUUGAAUCAGUUGAAAGAGAAUGGAAAAGGCUCAAUAAGCAUGCUGGAAAUGUUCUUUCUGAUGGUUCAUAA